CACGACAAUAUGUUUGCCCGGGGUUUCGUGGCGCUGUCGGCCUUGUCCCUGACACUUCCGCUGGGCUUGGCCUCCCAAUCCAAUGUCACAGAAUACUCCUAUGCAAUGCUAUAUCCCCCAUAUACUUAUGUUCCGUCUGUCUUCGCAGACUGGAAACCUCAUCCACACGGUUGCCCCUUUCCUCACCGCAAUGGAAGCGUGAACCCGGUUGGCCCAUAUCCACAACAUCCCUGGCCUCCACAGUCUCCCCCAGGGCUGCCGCCAAUCCAGCCCGGCCAGCCAUCCUCGUUCUGGUACGAAGAAAUUCAACAUAACGGUAUCAGUCCUUUCAUAUCGAACGGAUCAGACUGGGUUGUUUAUCGAAAUGUGAAGGACUACGGUGCCACUGGGAAUGGCAGCGCUGAUGAUUCUGCCGCCAUUCAAGCAGCAGUCAACGAUGGUGGUAGAGGCCCCGGAGGAAAUGGGAAAGGCACAACUGGUGCCCCCGCGGUCAUUUAUUUCCCCGAAGGAACCUAUCUCAUGGCAAACCCCGUUCAACUGUAUGUUGACACGGUAUUUCUGGGAAACCCGAUUGCUCGACCAACACUAAAGGCAUCCUCGACCUUCAACGGCACCACGCUGAUUUAUGCCAAAGAUCCAGCAUUAGAUGCCACCACCAAUUUCUAUAUCGGCGUCAAAAACUUCGUCUUUGAUUCCACGAGCGUCGCACCGAAUACUGAGUUCCUCCUGAUGGAUUGGUCGGUCAGUCAAGCGACCCAACUAACAAACAAUUUAUUCCGCAUGCCACAAGGGUCUGCACACACGGGUGUCGCAAUGCCAGAAGGAGGCUCAGGAACCUUCAUGGGCAAUCUGGCUUUCGAGGGUGGCUUCAUCGGGUUGAACUUCAACAAUCAACAAUACAGCAUCAAGGACGUAUCUUUCAGUGGCUGCAGGACUGGUAUCGUUAUCAGCCAUGGUUUUGAUAUUGUCUUCCAGGGGAUCCAAUUCACGGAUUGCGCUAUUGGCAUUAAUGCUACCGCCGGAGAUGUUGGAAAUGUUGGCAGCUAUGUGUUACUUGAUUCAUCAGCAGACACCGUCGACGCGUUGAUCUUGACCAAAAGUCAAACCCCUGCUGGCUCUAACACUACGACCGGAGACGAUUCUGUGGUCCUCGACAACGUCAAUGUCCAUAAUGUCGGCAGGGUGGUAGUUGCAGGGAACACAACUCUGUUGACCGGUGGUGUGGAUCAGACCUGGGUGUAUGGAAAUGCAUACACUCAGAAUGGCCGUAUUGGAGGGACCCAUGAUAACGGUGUAACAUACGCUACUUCGAGAAGCCCUUCGCUGGUAUCUGGAAAUAAAUAUGUCACCUUCGCUCCCCCAACAUACCAAGAAUUUGAUGUCAGACAAGUUAUCAAUAUCAAGAACGUGCCGGGGCUCCCGGUGCUUGGUGAUGGGCAGACUGAUGACACCGCCAACAUCAAUGCCAUUCUUGCAAUGACUGCCGGCUGUGCGGUUACAUUCUUCCCAGCUGGAACGUACCUCGUCACGUCCACGAUCAACGUCCCACCUGGGUCCAGGCUUAUCGGUGAAGCAUGGUCGGCUAUUUCAGCUGCGGGAUCGUUCUUCGCCGACGCCAACAAUCCUCAGGUGAUGGUACGAGUGGGCGAAUCAGGCGAAGUCGGUAUGGCGCAGAUCAGCGACAUGCUUUUCACCGUUGCCGACGUCCUUCCGGGAUGCAUUCUGGUCGAAGUCAACAUGGCUGGCGCACAGCCAGGCGACAUCGGUUUCUGGAACGCGCACUUUCGUGUCGGUGGUGCCGCGGGCUCAGCCACCGAGACCAAGUGUGCAGACGCUUCGAAUCCCUGCCAAGCGGCGUUUCUGUUACUACACCUCACGUCCUCUGCGGCGUCCGUGUAUGUCGAGGACAUGUGGGGUUGGACCGCGGAUCACGACCUUGACGGCAACAACUCGCAAACAGUCGGCACAGGACGUGGAUUGUUGGUCGAAUCUCAAGGUCCCGUGUGGCUCGUGGGCACCGCCUUUGAGCACAACGCACUCUAUCAGUACAACUUUGUCGACGCGGUCAAUCUGUUUGUGGGUAUGCAACAGAGCGAGACGCCCUAUUGGCAAGGUGUCGGAUCGCCGGCUCUCGCUCCGGCACCCUGGGUUCCGAACGCCCGUUACAACGACCCUACCUUUUCGAACUGCGCCAGCGACGAUGCCAACUGCCGGAUGGCGUGGUACCAGCGCGUCGUGGGUGGCAGUGACAUUUCUAUUUACGGCAGUGGUUUCUGGACCUUUUUCAACAAUGGAGGCGACUGCCAGGGCACCGACGGCACCUGUCAGACCAACGCCGUCGAGAUCACUGACAACCCCCAGCGUCUGUUCUGGUGGAACCUCAACACCCGAGGAGUCUUGAACCUCGUGAUCGAUCAAGGGCAGGUUCUCGCCACUCAAAACAACAACCCUGGUUCCUGGGGCGCCAUUGUCGCCGCGAUCUUGACCCAUUCGGGUCUGACGGCACAGAGACUUCUGAAGAGGUUCUUGAGAUAGAUAGAGAACGAGUCCGUUCGGUGAGUGAGUGAGUGAGUGAGCGACCUGUUACUUUUAUGUAGAUGAUGAUGAUUCGGUACAAAGACCAAAGCAUUUUAUGAGCGCGCAUUUGGGUUAUAUGAGCAAUAUGAAAAUGGUGUCUUCGACUUUGGGCAGUUUACUAGACUUUGUUGUGACUGCAUAUACCGUGAGGUAUUCUACUGAGUAAAGG